GGCUGCCGGGAACGGGGCGGAGCGCGGCCGCGCCGGCGCGUCGAGGGGAGAAGCAGCCGCCGCGAUGGACGUGUUCCUCAUGAUCCGGCGUCACAAGACCACCAUCUUCACGGACGCCAAGGAGUCGAGCACCGUGUUCGAGUUGAAGCGCAUCGUCGAGGGCAUCCUCAAGCGGCCGCCCGACGAGCAGCGGCUGUACAAGGACGACCAGCUUCUGGAUGAUGGCAAGACCCUGGGCGAAUGCGGCUUCACCAGUCAGACGGCACGGCCGCAGGCUCCAGCCACAGUGGGACUGGCCUUCCGGGCAGAUGACGCUUUCGAAGCUCUGCGCAUCGAGCCCUUCUCCAGCCCCCCGGAGCUGCCUGAUGUCAUGAAGCCGCAGGACUCAGGGAGCAGCGCCAAUGAACAGGCUGUGCAGUGAGGGUCUUGGGCCCACCCCUCCGGAAGCCCAUUCCCCCCAAUAAAAGAGAUUUGGGUGUCUGCCUGGUUGCUGCCUCUUUCUCCCCACCCUCCCUGGGCUGGGUCCUGCCAGGCACCAGGACCUGGCUGCCCCAGCCAACAUGGGGAGAGGGAGAGGCUCAGUUUGGGAGGGAACAGUGGAUGCUCCGGGGCCUGUGAGGAUCUGUGAGGGGACCACAACCUAGAACAGCUACCACAGCCUGCCACGCCUUCCAGAUCCUGACAGCGACGCACACGUGGUUCCUCCUUCACUGUACCUAAUAAAGCAGGCUACAGACCCAA